GAACAAAACAUAACGACCUUGCCGCAUUGACUUUUAAACACCAAAAAAAGCCCAUACCUUUAUUUCUCUUCACCACCAUCAUCAUUUUCUUCUCCUAUCUAUCUGGUCUCUCUCUCUCUCUUUCCCUGGAAUACAUAUUAAUAAACCCAUUUCAAUUUUGGGUACACUCUAAACUUUUGCCUUAUAUAUAUAGAAUAGAGCCUUGAGAUCUUUCACCUGUUAAUUCAACAAACCACAGUUGUCAUUGUUAGUUAUAGAUUCUUGCAACAUCUGGGAGUGGGGAUCGGAUAGUACAGAAAAUUUAAUUUUGCUUGGAUGAAGAAAUGUGGAAGGGAGAUAAAGUAAGGUAAAAUGCAGGAUUCUGUUGGUGAUGAUGGAAAAUUCCAGCUAUGAUGCAAUGAGAGGUUGUCUGGAAGAGGAUCUUAUACAAUCCAAUGUCUUCAAGUAAGAGUGCUUCGCAUGGGCUUGAUGAUAAUGGGGUUCAGAAACAAAGCACUGAUUUUGUAGACAGGAAUUUGAAAGGAGAUGUCAAUUUUAGUCAUCUUCAAGACCGAGAGGCUAUGGAACUUUAUUCACGAGCCAGAGCGCAGGAAGAGGAGAUCCAAUUUCUUCGUGAACAAAUUGCUCUUGCGUGUUUGAAGGAAAUGCGGCUGUUGAAUGAGAAGUAUGCAUUAGAGAUGAAAUUCUCUGACUUGCGAAUGGCUAUUGAUGAGAAGCAAAAUGAAGCCAUUACCUCUGCCUUAAACGAGUUGGUUAGGAGAAAAAGUGACCUUGAAGAAAAUUUGAAAUUGGCUCAUGAUUUGAAGGCUGCAGAGGAUGAGAGAUAUGUCUUCAUGUCUUCCAUGCUUGGGUUAUUGGCUGAAUAUGGUAUUUGGCCGCGUGUUCUAAAUGCCUCUGUUAUAUCCGAUAAUUUAAAGCGGUUACAUGAUCAACUGCAAUGGAAGAUCAGAACUUCACAUGAUAGAAUGAGAGAAUUAAUAUCUGUAGUGGACAAUCUUGGUGGAAAUAGCUCUCAUGAUAAUGACAGCCCAGAUUUUGACAAUUUGAGAGAUCAACUUCAUCAUACACCCAUGGUACUAUGGGGUCCACAACCAACUGGGGAUAUGCUGAGAUAUAUGCAGCAUAAUGAUCUUGCAAAUAUAUCAUCCAAUAUUGAUAGGAAGAUGGCUGACCCUCUAAACCGUGGCUCAAUUUAUAAUGGCAAUGUGAGGGGCAAAGCAGAAACAGAACCAGUGCUUGAUCCUGCAGACAAUGGCUCUGUUUCUGAAGAGGGCCCUGGCAUAGAGAACUUUCAGAUUAUUGGUGAUGCAAUACCAGGAUGCAGGCUUCUUGGAUGCGGAUAUCCUGUACGUGGGACUUCUCUGUGUAUGUUUCAGUGGGUUCGUCAUCUUCAGGAUGGCACCAGGCAGUACAUCGAAGGAGCCACAAAUCCAGAAUAUAUUGUUACAGCUGAUGAUGUUGAUAAACUGAUUGCUGUUGAGUGCAUACCAAUGGAUGACAUAGGCCAUCAGGGGGAACUCGUGAAGCGUUUUGCUAAUGAUCAGAACAAAAUAAAAUGUGACCCUGAAAUGCAAAAGGAGAUUGAUGACAAUAUUGCUCGAGGACAAGCCAUGUUUACUGUUCUAUUUCUGAUGGAUUCUUCUGAGAAUUGGGAGCCAGCUACUUUGUUUUUGAAACGGUCAAGCUACCAAAUUAAGAUCAAUAGCUCAGAAGCUGUGGGAAUUCAAGAGAAAUUUUCGAAGGAUCUAUCAAUAAAAAUUCCCAGUGGGCUUUCAACUCAAUUUGUUUUGACAUCUUCUGAUGGAGCUUCUCAUCCCUUAAACACAUACAGUGUUCGAUUGCGCGACACUCUUGUGUUGACUACGAGAAUGUUUCAAAGCAAGGCACUAGACGAAAAGAGGAAAGGAAGAGCCUAGACUCCUCUCCGUCCAAAUAAUGUUCAUAGGCAUUAUUUAUUGGUGAUAGUAAAAGAGAAUAAAUCUGAAUCACACUCUGUAUCUUCAUUUAGAUUGACAGAAGAAUGCGCUCAAAUUUUUUUAUUUUUUAUUUUCAUUGUAUUUUAAAUUAUCAUUGAAACUCAUAGCUAAAAGCAUAACAAUUGUAUCACAUUUUAGCUCAUAGCAGCAUGUAUAACAAACUUGUAUGUGAUUGAUAUGCCUUCUA